CGCGACAGCUCCGCAACUGAACUCCCACACCGGCGCUGCUGCACCUCGCCCGCACCUACAUGUCGGCCGCCUGAGCUGCCCACUCGAUCAAAUCGCUUACUGGACCAUCGUCGCCGAUAGCCAGCAACAUGUCCGACGCCGAUUUCGAGACGAUCAAGCGCCUGCAGCAGGAGCGCAACGCAGCGGCUGCAGGGAAGAAAGGUUCAAAGACUUUCGACCCGACUAACCAGAGAACUGACGUCUCGACGAAGGCUUCCCUCACUGAGACUUUUGAUACCGACCUGUACGACCGCAAUGGCGAGAACAAGUAUGCUGGAUACCUCACAUCACUCCCCGUCGAUGAUGACGAGGAGAUGGAUGAUGCCGAUGAUGGAAGGAGGCUCGUCGGCCAGUACACUGCCACGAGAGAGCAAAUGAAUGAGUUCGCGCAUGGCCGCACCGAAGAGGAAGACAUCUUGAUGGACAGGGAGAAACAAGCGCAGAUCGCCUCUCGCGAGACAGACUACCAGAGGCGACGCUUCGAACGCGACCUCAGCCCCACCCGUGCCGACGCCUUCGCCACCAACGGAAAGUCCGAGGAAGGCCUUAGCUACCGCGAGAUUAUGCGGAAGCGCGAGCUGGAACAGGAAGAGGAACGGGUGAAGAAGCUUAUUGAAGACAAACAAGCGAACGGUGAAGACGGAGUUGUUGAGCACAAGGCUACUUUGAAGGACGGAACCGACAAGCAAAAUGGCGAGGCGGCGGCUGCCCCCAGUGGUAGGAAGCGCAAGCAACGUUGGGAUGUAUCUUCUGAGGCGCCCUCUGCCGACGGUGUUGACGGAGCGAAGGGUGAAGAGGGAAAGCCUAAGCGUUCCAGGUGGGACCAGACUCCCGUUCCCGACUCUGCUCCAGAUGCCACUCCAAAGCGUCGGUCAAGAUGGGAUCAAGCUCCUGCUCUUGGCGCCGCAACCCCGGUUGGAACGGCAGGCCUCGCGACGCCUAUGCACCCGUCCCAAGCUGGAGCGGUCGCAUCUUUCGGCACCGACAUCUCCGGACGUAGCCUGCCGAUUUCCGACGAAGAACUGGACAUGAUGUUGCCUUCAGAAGGCUACAAGAUUCUUGAGCCACCUCCUGGAUAUGAGCCUAUUAGACGUGCGGCGGUCCCCAGAGUUGCAGCAACGCCAGUUUCCCAACCGGGUUUGGCCGGUGGGUUCAUGAUGCAGGAAUCCGUGGAUCCUAGGUCCAUGGGUAAACAGAUGCCGUCCGACAUUCCUGGCGUCGGUGACCUGCAAUUCUUCAAAGCGGAGGACAUGAAGUACUUCGGCAAACUUGUCGAGGGCGGAGAGGAGAAUGAGAUGACGGUUGACGAGUUGAAGGAGCGGAAGAUUAUGCGCUUGCUGCUUAAGGUCAAGAACGGCACGCCUCCUAUGCGUAAAACCGCCCUCCGCCAGCUUACCGAUAACGCUCGUCAAUUUGGUGCCGGCCCUCUCUUCGACCAAAUCCUACCACUGCUCAUGGAGAGGACUCUUGAGGAUCAGGAGCGCCACCUUCUCGUCAAAGUUAUCGACCGUGUCCUUUACAAGCUUGAUGACCUCGUCCGGCCAUAUGUUCACAAGAUCCUGGUCGUCAUCGAGCCGCUUCUCAUUGACCAGGAUUACUACGCGCGCGUUGAGGGUCGUGAAAUCAUCUCCAACCUCAGUAAAGCCGCUGGUCUUGCACACAUGAUCAGUACCAUGAGGCCGGAUAUCGACCACCCAGACGAGUAUGUCCGUAACACCACUGCCCGUGCUUUUGCCGUUGUCGCUUCUGCCUUGGGUAUACCAGCUCUUCUACCUUUCCUGCGGGCUGUCUGCAGGAGUAAGAAGUCUUGGCAGGCCCGGCACACUGGUGUUAAGAUCGUCCAGCAAAUCCCCAUCUUGAUGGGUUGUGCUAUCCUGCCUCACCUCAAGGGGCUAGUGGACUGCAUUGGCGACAACCUGAACGAUGAGCAGACCAAGGUCCGAACUGUGACCAGUUUGGCUAUUGCUGCGCUCGCCGAGGCGGCCAACCCGUACGGUAUCGAGAGUUUUGACGAGAUUCUGAACCCUCUCUGGACCGGUGCACGGAAGCAGCGUGGCAAGGGUCUGGCCGGAUUCUUGAAAGCCGUUGGCUACAUCAUUCCGUUGAUGGACGAAGAAUACGCCAACUACUACACCUCGCAAAUCAUGGAGAUUUUACUGCGCGAAUUCUCCUCGCCAGACGACGAGAUGAAAAAGGUUGUGCUGAAGGUCAUCUCGCAAUGCGCCAGUACUGAAGGUGUCACAGCCGGUUACCUCAAGCAGCACGUUCUGGAUGAAUUCUUCAAGUGUUUCUGGGUACGCCGCAUGGCUCUUGAUAAGCGCAACUACCGCCAGGUCGUGGAGACUACCGUUGAUCUUGGCCAGAAGGUUGGCACAAGCGAGAUCAUUGAACGGAUCGUCAACAACCUGAAGGAUGAGAGUGAGGCUUACCGCAAGAUGACCAUCGAGACUGUUGAAAAGGUCGUGGCCAGUUUGGGUGCCGCUGACAUUGGUGAGAGGCUCGAGGAACGUUUGGUCGAUGGCGUCCUGCAUGCUUUUCAAGAGCAGAGUGUGGAAGAUGUUGUCAUGCUCAACGGUUUUGGUACGGUCGUAAACGCCCUUGGCACCCGUUGCAAGCCGUAUCUCCCGCAGAUUGUCUCGACUGUUCUCUGGCGCCUGAACAACAAGUCAGCCACCGUAAGACAACAGGCUGCUGAUCUCGUUUCACGCAUCGCUUUGGUUAUGAAGCAGUGCGGCGAGGAUGUGCUCAUGGGAAAACUCGGUACUGUUCUCUACGAAUACCUCGGUGAAGAAUAUCCCGAGGUGCUCGGUUCUAUCCUUGGUGCGCUCCGGUCUAUCGUAACUGUCGUUGGUAUCAACCAGAUGCAGCCUCCCAUCAAGGAUCUCUUGCCGCGUCUAACGCCUAUCCUGCGUAACCGUCACGAGAAGGUCCAGGAGAACACGAUCGACCUGGUCGGCCGCAUUGCUGACCGUGGCCCGGAGAGUGUCAGCGCUCGUGAGUGGAUGAGAAUCUGUUUCGAGCUGCUCGACAUGCUCAAGGCUCACAAGAAGGGUAUCAGACGUGCGGCCAACAACACCUUUGGCUUCAUCGCCAAGGCGAUUGGUCCUCAGGAUGUCCUUUCCACCUUGCUCAACAACUUGCGUGUCCAGGAACGCCAGUCUCGUGUCUGUACGGCAGUUGCGAUCGGUAUCGUUGCUGAGACUUGUGCCCCCUUCACGGUUCUUCCAGCCCUCAUGAACGAGUACAAGGUGCCGGAGCUCAACGUCCAGAACGGUGUGCUCAAAUCCCUUUCUUUCCUCUUCGAGUACAUUGGCGAAAUGGCCAAGGACUACGUCUACGCCGUGACGCCUCUGCUCGAGGACGCUCUCAUCGAUCGCGACCAAGUGCAUCGUCAGACGGCUGCUUCAGUUGUCAAGCAUGUGGCGCUUGGCGUGGUGGGAUUGGGCUGCGAAGAUGCGAUGGUGCACUUGCUCAACCUGCUGUGGCCAAACCUCUUCGAGACUUCGCCGCACGUCAUCGACCGCAUCAUCGAGGCCAUCGAAGCAAUUCGCAUGGCCGUGGGCAUGGGCACUGUCAUGAACUACGUCUGGGCAGGUCUGUUCCAUCCCGCUAGGAAGGUGCGCACGCCCUACUGGCGGCUGUACAACGACGCGUAUGUGCACGGAGCGGACGCGAUGGUCCCAUACUACCCGGACCUGGGAGACGAGUCAACGGCAAGGCAUGAGCUAGACAUUCUUAUCUAACUGGUUGCAGGCUUGUGGGGGGAUUGCUGUGGCGUAACUAGGCCGAUUCGACAUGCUUCUUGUAUGAUGCUUUUUCUCUGGGAAGGAUUAACUGCUUGCUGGGUAAUGGGACGGAACUCUGGAGCGAAAUGGGAUUUUGAAAAAUCGGGUGCGGCAAUCACCCGGGUCAACACGCACAACGUAGCAAUAUCGAGAGUCGAGAUUCGAG